AUGCCCAUCAUCAGCAACGCCAACCACGACUUCAGCGCCUACUCCAUCAGCAGCGAUGACAGCAGCCUGGACCGCUUCUUCACAGAGAUCCCGGAGACCGAGACCAUCAAGGGCGUUUACUUCAAACGCGCUCAGCUGCUCCGCGACCCCAAGGCUUCGUACGUGGUCGACCACACCCUGCAGGUCCUCAUCAACGUGGGGGGAAACCGCUACACCUUCCCCUGGAGCACGUUGGAGCAGUUCCCUCAGAGUCGUCUGGGGCGUCUGCGGUUCUGCACCACCCCCGAGGAGAUCGCACGGCUCUGCGACGACUACGACGAGGCGCGCCGGGAAUAUUUCUUCGACCGGAACCCGACGGCGUUCAGGGUCAUCCUCAACUUCCUGGCUGCGGGGAAACUCCGCCUGCUGCGGGAACUGUGCGCCGUGUCGCUGCACGAUGAGCUGGAUUACUGGGGCGUGGACCCCGGGCACAUGGAGCGCUGCUGCCGACGCCGCAUGAUCACCCGGGUGGAGGAGGUGGCGGAGCGAGAGCGUAAGGAGGAGGAGUGGAGGCAGAAGAGGAUGACGCUGAAGAAAACCCCCAGACCCAACGAGAAGGGGUACCGCAGGGUGACCGGGAUGCUGAGGGAGGUGGUGGAGAACCCUCAGUCGGGGCUGGCGGGGAAGGUGUUCGCCUGCCUCUCCGUGGUCAUGGUUCUGGUUACCGUCAUCAGCCUCUGCAUCAGCACCAUGCCAGACCUCCGCAAUGAAGAGAUCAAGGGGGAGUGCUCUCAGAAGUGUCGCAGCAUGUUUGUGGUGGAGUCCAUCUGCGUGGCGUGGUUCACGCUGGAGUUUGUGCUGAGAUUCUUCAACGCUCAGAGCAAGCUGGCGUUCGCCCGAGGCCCUCUCAACAUCAUCGACGCCAUCGCCAUCCUGCCGUACUACGUGUCUCUGGUGUUUGACAUCAAGGACCAGUCGGAGGAGGACGCCAUCAUGGGGGCGGGCAGAGGGUACCUGGACAAGCUGAGUCUGAUCCUGCGUCUGCUGCGGGCGCUGAGGAUCCUGUACGUGAUGCGUCUGGCUCGCCACUCUCUGGGCUUGCAGACGCUCGGACUCACGAUGCAGCGCAGCAUCCGCGAGUUCGGCCUGCUGCUGCUCUUCGUCUGCGUCGCCGUCACCCUCUUCUCGCCGCUGGUCCACCUCGCCGAGAGUGAAAUGGCGCCGUUUGCCGCCACACACCCCCACCACAGCUUCAGCAGCAUCCCCGCCUCGUAUUGGUGGGCCAUCAUCUCCAUGACGACGGUGGGAUACGGGGACAUGGUGCCGCGCAGCAUCCCCGGACAGAUCGUCGCCCUCACCAGCAUCCUCAGCGGCAUCCUCAUCAUGGCGUUCCCCGCCACCUCCAUCUUCCACACCUUCUCCCGCUCGUACCAGGAGCUGAAGCAGGAGUACGAGCGGCUGUGGAAGGAGGAGCGAGGGGAGGAGAUCGCCGCAGAGUCCGAGGAGAGCUGGUCCAAAGCGGAUCUGCCGCCUGAGGAGCUCACGUCGGUUUUGAAGGAGGCAAGCGACGGACUGACGCCGAACAGGAGCGACCCGUCUUCACUCCCGUCCACAGCUUUCUAACGGAGCGCCGGGACGCUCAGAGCGAGACGACAGGAUCGAUACGGAGACACUUCCUGAACGCUUGCUGCUCUCAGACUCUGAAGGCGUUUUACAACCAGAGGAACUUUACCCCUGAACUACGUGCGUUUGGACCGGUGGAC